AUGUUUGCCCUAACGGCAAUAAAAGGUGUUGGUCGCCGAUACUCUAACCUAGUAUGCAAGAAAGCCGACGUCGAUCUACGUAAGCGAGCUGGUGAAUUAACCAACGAAGAACUUGCACGAAUUGUCAACAUCGUUCAAAAUCCAACUCAAUUCAAGAUCCCGAACUGGUUCCUCAAUCGACAAAAGGAUAUCGUUGAUGGUAAAUACUCACAGAUCUUGGCCAACAAUUUGGAAUCCAAACUGCGUGAGGAUUUGGAGAGAUUAAAAAAGAUCAGAGCACAUCGUGGGCAGAAGAGGAAGAACUGUGGGUGUGUCGAAGAAGAAAGGUUAGUAUCGUGGUUGGAUGGAAGAGGGAAUGUGGUUUGUUUGGAAAGGCAGAGUAGUGGUAGUGGGAGAGAAAUAAUGGUAUGA